AGAUCCGGGACUUUGACUCGGCAACAAAAGAACAGUGAUAUAGUUCGAAGUCGGGAUGGUGUGCUUCAAUCUGUCUGCCAUUCUCAUCGGUGGUAGAGGCAGCAGAUUUGCAGGAUGCUGUCAAAGAAACCAAGUUGAUCCAGUGAAGGUGGAGACAAUGAAGAGAAAGAAACUGGAUUUAUACAGUGCUUUUAACAACUUGUAAAGUUAUAGUUUAUGGAAUUAAAGGGUCAGCUUUAUGAAUUUGGCUGAAUGACAGCUAAAAGAAUAGCAGUUUGUGGAUGUUUUAGGGGAUGAAAGGAAAGUUUGUAUUGGAGCUCCCUAAGAUUCUGUGCAGGAAUAGCCAAUCAUCAGAUUUGUCGAAUGAGCACCUUAUCAGUGGCUGAAGCUGUGAAUGCCCUGAGACCAUUCUACUUUGCUGUCCACCCAGAUUUCUUUGGCCAGUAUCCAAGAGAGAGGGAAGUGAAUGAAAAUUCCCUGAAGCAGUUGAAUAGCUACUUGGAGUGCAUGCAGAGACCAGGGCGUAAAACCCUUCAACCUACAAAGCUCACAUUCUACAUCAGAGACACAAGUAGUGAUCCAAAUGCACCCCAGCACCAUGUAAAUACUUCAGGGUUUCGACCAGUUACUUUCACGCUACAGAAUAAGGACCUCCUGAGUGUGGUAGUAACGAUCUUGAAAUCCUGCAGUUUAUCCACGGAUCAUGUGCAAGAUACACAGAUUGACAAGGGCCUGCCUCAGCAGACUGCGACCAUUCCAUUUGGCAGACCUAUCCGGUGGGAUAAGACCUACUACACUGUCACUGGCUACAGAGACCCAGAGGAAGAGUUGGAUUGCACUGUCCAUAUGGAACCUGCACUUGGGUACAAGAACUGUUACUGCCUACCUCAGUUAAGGUUGUGGUUGCAUAAAAACAGAGCUUCUGCUUCCAAGAAGUUAACUGUCAGUAUUCCACUGCGAGAUGAGCUCGAGCGUUUAAAAACGGAACUGUGUCUGCAACUGGAGAUAACUGAUAUCAGGUGGCAGAGAAGUUGGGGAGUAGCUCAUCGAUGUAGCCAAUUACACAGCCUCACUCGUUUCAUCCAGCAGAAUUCUCCAGAUUUGCACAAUAUCAAAGGACGUACUUUAAUCUUUGCUGAUAACUCCGGGAUUAAUGCUGCAGGGCAGAUUAUGUUGGGAACUGUGGAUGUCCAUCAUCACUGGGCAAAACUGUUGGAGAGGUUGCCCAUCUACUGUGAUCUUCACAGCCAUCUUUCUGUGUUGAAAGAGAGGACCAGCUACCUUCUGGGAGACGUUGAAUUAAUUUAUGAUGAGGAUCUGCAACCAACAGUUAUGCUCGAAGAUUAUUACAGAAUGUUAAAGACCUUCUAUCAGAAUUUGAUAGUUAUUCAACCUCUGUUUCACCCACGAAGUCUAAAAGGACUGCAAAUAAUUCUACAAAAUGACUCUUCUGAUCCUAGCCUCCUUCAAGCAGGUCAACUGAGCAUACCUGUAACAUGUGACCCCACUACCUUACAACGGUUUAUUCAGGCUCAUUCACAAAGAGCCAGGACCUACUUGAGAAAAGAGGAAGAAUUGGAACUGAAACAGAAGACACUGAUCAGAGAUUGUAUAGAACAAUUUGGACUCAAGAGACUGUAUAAGGAGCCCAGUGUGUCCAGCCAACAAAUGGUGAAGUGCUGUCAAAGACUCCUUGAAGGACACAUAGGAGAGUUACAAGGGAUGCACCUGUGUAUCUCCCAUUUCUAUACAGUGUUACAGGAUGGUGACUUGUGUGUGCCUUGGGACUGGAAAUGGUAACUUAGGAGAAUGGGGAAAGGAGACUGGAUCCAUGAUAGUCCCCACAAUCUCAGCUUGGAGCAAUGUGAAGUGUAUGAAACUGGGAGUCUGCAUGUUUUGGAACUGUAGCUAAUAACCAAGUUUAGGGAAGUCCCAAGUUGCCCACAGAGAGCUGAAUUGUAAUGUGAAUUAAAAUAUAUAUUUUAAAAAUUUCAAACCUCAAAGUGACCAGCUCCACCAAAAUGGAAAUUCAGCCCCUGGCUAACUGAACCAACCAAUUUGACUUGCUGUGGAAACCAGCAUUUUUAAUUGCACGUUGUAAGCUGAAAUUAAGAUGACUGUGGUUGAGGCUCAAAAUUUUUUUAUCAUCAUACGGCUGCCCACGUAUUUCCACCACUUAGUGCCUGUCGAUGCAUGUUUUGGAAGGGUCUGAAGAUUGAUAUGGCCAAACAGGUGAGUGUCAAACACACUUUCCUUGGCCAUCAGUCUUGAAGUGGAACUUGAACCUAGAGUUUCUGACUGAGACAGAGGUGCUAUCUACUGUGCCAUAAGACCUCUUAUUAAUCUUAUAAACCUCAUUUUUAAUGUCACACCUUACCAUAUUGAUGAAUGAGGCUAAUUUGGAUUAUGACUUUUUGUUUCAAUCUUUCCUUUCCUCCUGUUUGCACCAGUAUCCAAAGUUCCCAAGUUUGAGAGGAAUAUUGAGAACAGUAGAUCUAGAACUUGCAGCUCUCACAGCCAGGGCACAGAAUUUCUAAAACAGUAGAUCUGAUCUUGGAAGUGUUGUCUUACACUUAAUUACUGUACAGAUAAAAUGAAUCCCUAACCCUGUGAUCUCCCAACCACACAAUCCUCAUCAUUAAGAUCCAAUACUUUCACCUCUGCAAUCUCAAACUCCACCCCUAGCUCAGCUCAUCUGCUACCUAAGUACCCAUCCAUAUGUUAUUUCUAGACUUCAAUUCCAGAUGUUCUCCUGGCCAUCUCCCAUAAACUUGAGCUCAUAUCAAAUCCAGUUUAUUCAUCAACUGGUGUUGCUGACCUAAACUGUCUCCUUAUCUGGCAAACUAUCCAUCUUAAAAUACUCUCACUUGUUUGUAAAUGGCAUGGCAUGGUCCCAUCCUUCCACCCUACAACUUCCAAGAAAUCUGUGUACAUUUAAUUGAGAUACCUUGGGCACACUCAGUUUUAGCUAAUCCACUAUUGUGGCUGGCUUUCAGCUUUUUGGCUCCUAAGACCCACAAUUCUCUGCCUCUCAUUUAAGAGAUUUGUUAAAACCUGCUCUCUUUGCCAAGAUUUUAAUCAAAUCUCUUGAUGUCUUUUUCUGUGGGUCACUGUUGUUAUACUACCUUAAGGUGCUAUGCAAGUGCAAGUUGUGUGAAUGUUGGCAAAUAUGAAGUCGUGAUUUUGGCUGCAGAGUACUGUAUUAGUUUUAUUUCAUCAGAAAUGGGGGGGGGGGGGUGGGAAGGAAUGGGAUGAUGGGGUCCAUAAGUGUGUUAUAGCUAGAUCCUAAUUUACAUCAAUUAAAUCCUAAAUGAUCACAAGGCAGUGCAGUUUAAAAAAGAAAGUUAUCCCAUUGAAAUAUACAGGAUUCUGAAGAAGCUUAACAGGGUGUACCAAGGUAAUUUCUCUCGACUGGGAAAUCUAGAACACAGGUAGUCUCAGGUUAAAGGUCUGAUCACUUAGGACUGAGAUGAAAAAUUUCUUGUUUUUUUUGAGUCACAUCUUUGGAAAACUACCUGAGAAUGUGGUUGAAUAUAAUAAAUGCUGGAAUAUAGA